AUGAGGUUGAGACAGGAGGAGGAGACAGGAGGAGGAGAAGACAGCAGGUGGAGACAAGAGGAGGAGACAGAGGUGGAGACAGGAGAGGAGACAGGAGGUGGAGACAAGAGGAGGAGACAGGUGAGGAGACAGGAGCAGGAGACAGGAGGAGGAGACAGGAGGAGGAGACAGGAGGUGGAGACAGGAGGAGGAGACAGGAGGUGGAGACAGGAGGAGGAGGAGACAGGAGGUGGAGACACGAGGAGGAGACAGGAGGUGGAGACAAGAGGAGGAGACAGGAGGAGGAGACAGGAGGAGGAGACAGGAGGAGACAGGAGGGGGAACAGGAGGAGAAGGCAGCAGGUGGAGACAGGAGGAGGAGACAUUAGGUGGAGACAGGAGGUGGAGAAAAGAGGAGGAGACAGGAGGUGGAGACAGGAGGAGGAGACAGGAGGAGGAGACAGGAGGUGGAGACAGAGGUGGAGACAGGAGGAGGAGACAGGAGGUGGAGACAGGAGGAGGAGACAGGAGGUGGGGACAGGAGGAGAAGACAUUAGGUGGAGACAGGAGGAGGAGACAGGAGGUGGAGAAAGAGGGAGGAGACAGGAGGAGGAGACAGGAGGAGGAGGAGACAGGAGGAGGAGACAGGAGGUUGAGACAGGAGGUGGAGACAGGAGGAGGAUACAGGAGGAGACAUUAGGUGGAGACAGGAGGAGGGGACAGGAGGUGAGGACAGGAGGAGGAGACAGGAGGAGACAGGAGGAGGAGACAGGAGGAGGAGACAGGAGGUGGAGAAGGGAGGAAGAGACAGGAGGAGACAUUAGGUGGAGACAGGAGGAGGACACAGGAGGUGGGGACAGGAGGAGGAGACAGGAGGAGGAGGAGAUAGGAGGAAAAGACAGGAGGAGGAGACAGGAGGAGGAAACAGGAGGAGGAGACAGGUGGAGGAGACAGGAGGAGGAGACAGGAGGAGGAGAAGACAGCAGGUGGAGACAAGAGGAGGACACAGGAGGUGGAGACAGGAAGAGGAGACAGGAGGUGGCGACAAGAGGAGGAGACAAGUGGUGGACACAGGAGGAGGAGACAGGAGGAGGAGACAGGAGGAGGAGACAGGAGGUGGAGACAGGAGGAAGAGGAGACAGGAGGUGGAGACAGGAGGAGGAGACAGGAGGUGGAGACAAGAGGAGGAGACAGGAGGAGGAGACAGGAGGAGGAGACAAGAGGAGGACACAGGAGGUGGAGACAGGAAGAGGAGACAGGAGGUGGAGACAAGAAGAGGAGACAGGUGGUGGAGACAGGAGGAGGAGACAGGAGGAGGAGACAGGAGGUGGAGACAGGAGGAGGAGGAGACAGGAGGAGGAGACAGGAGGUGAGGACAGGAGGAGGAGACAGGAGGUGGAGACAAGAGGAGGAGACAGGUGGUUGGAGACAGGAGGAGGAGACAGGAGGUGGAGACAGGAGGAGACAGGAGGAGGACACAGGAGGUGGAGACAGGAGGAGGAGACAGGAGGUGGAGACAGGAGGAGGAGACAGGAGGAGACAUUAGGUGGAGACAUUAGGUGGAGACAGGAGGAGGAGACAGGAGGAGGAGACAGGAGGUGGGGACAGGAGGAGGAGACAGGAGGUGGGGACAGGAGGAGGAGACAGGAGGUGGAGACAGGAGGAGGAGACAGGAGGUGGAGAUAG